CAGCGAACCAUCAGAGAUGAAGACCUCCCAUUUUCCUAGAGAGAGCAACUGGGCGUUCGGCUCACAGGGGUUGUAGUGGGUGGUGAAGAAGGACGACCCGGAAACGAAAUGGGGAGGGGGAACUUCCGUUCUUUGUUCUGUUCUCGGUUGUGUAGGUUUGUGACAAGGUCCGCCAGGGCCAGGUUCGUGUCCGGCCCCCUAAGUCUUACGUCCCUGUCCCCAGGUGCUUCUUCAAAACCUGCUUUCUGCUGAGUCUGUCUGCAGCUAGGAGACCAUCGAGCGCAACAUUUUACUCUACCCAUGGAAACUCAGGCUGACCUUGCAUCUCAGGAACCUCCCCCUCUGCUAGAAAGUGGGCUUGAGGGAAGCUGCUCAUUUUCCUCUGCCGAAAAAUCUAGAAGAGUUUGCAGCAAUGGAAGGAAAAUGAGAAGCUCUUUCCUCUUCAAAAGUCCCUUCCUUCCCUGGCAAGAACAGUCUGGGGCAUGAGAUGCUGGCUGCCGCACUCCUAAAGGCCAAGUCCCAGGAGUUGGUGACAUUUGAGGAUGUAGCUGUGUAUUUCAUCUGGAAAGAGUGGAAGCGUUUGGAACCUGCUCAGAGGGACCUCUACCGGGAUGUGAUGCUGGAGAAUUAUGGGAAUGUGUUCUCACUGGAUGGUGAAUCCAAAACUGGAAAUGACCAAGUAAUCUCUGAAGGCAUAGGGUCACCUGAGAUGAUAUUGGGAAGAUUUGAAACGGGUGUUUCUCAGGGUCUUACGUUUGGAGAAGCCUAUGAACAAGAAGUCAGCCUGAAGAGACAGCGAGGGACCUCCUCUGUUGGAAGACUGAAUCAGAAAAUACAGGAGUUUCACCAAGUGACAGUUGAGGGAAAGCUCACCCAUAUGGGACAAAGAAAUGACAAGUAUAAUGAAUUUGGGAACAGCUUCACUGUGAAUUCCAACCUUAUUUCACAUCAGAGAUUUCCCAUGGGACACAGACCCCACAAGUGUGAUGAAUGUAGCAAGAGUUUUAAUCGAACUUCAGACCUUAUUCAGCAUCAGAGAAUUCAUACUGGGGAAAAACCAUAUGAAUGUAGUGAGUGUGGGAAGGCCUUCAGCCAGAGUGCACACCUUAUUCAGCACCAGAGAAUCCACACUGGAGAGAAACCUUAUGAAUGUAAAGAUUGUGGGAAGACCUUCAGUUGUAGCUCUGCCCUCAUUCUGCACCAGAGAAUCCACACUGGGGAGAAGCCUUAUGAAUGUAAUGAGUGUGGGAAAACAUUUAGUUGGAGCUCCACUCUUACUCACCAUCAGAGAAUCCACACUGGUGAGAAGCCCUAUGCUUGCAAUGAAUGUGGGAAGGCUUUUAGUAGGAGUUCAACCCUCAUUCAUCACCAGAGAAUCCACACUGGAGAAAAACCCUAUGAAUGUAAUGAGUGUGGGAAGGCCUUCAGCCAGAGCUCACAUCUGUAUCAGCACCAGAGAAUCCACACUGGAGAGAAGCCCUAUGAAUGUAUGGAAUGUGGAGGGAAGUUUACCUAUAGUUCAGGCCUUAUUCAGCAUCAGCGAAUCCACACAGGGGAGAAUCCCUAUGAAUGUAGUGAGUGUGGGAAAGCCUUCAGGUAUAGCUCCGCUCUUGUUCGCCAUCAGAGGAUUCAUGCUGGAGAGAAGCCUUUGAAUGUAAUGGGUGUAGGCAGAAAUUCUCUCAGAGUUUCUUCUGAAUUAAACAGCAGAGAAUCCACAUGAGAGAGCCAUAUACCAUUUUCCUCACUUCCUGAGACUAAAGCGCUCUUGCCUUACUUCAUCAAUAGGGCCAAUUUAGGCUGUGUCCCACCUCCAACCUUUCACUCAGAGAGGGGUCCAGAUUGGGAAAAACAUCCUGGCAUGGUGAUCGGCAGGAUUUCCCAGGAAUGCAUACCAGUCUUGGAAAAUUGUGAGGCAAGUAGCAAACUAAGCACUGGGAAAAGGAGGAAGCUUGGGGACCAGUCACCCCUUUUUGGGAAGGGGUUUGCACUAAACCACUUUUCUCACACCAGAAGAGCCUUUCUUUCCAAGGUGGGGAUGGAAGCUUAUUAGCAACAAAAUUCCAAGGAUUCCACUAGUUGGAGUCAGUCUGGUGAGCACAGAAGGCACAGAGAAUAUUCUGGGUCAUCGUAAGCUCUGGGAUAGGAAACAAGCUGUAUUUUUUUCUUUUUUUUGAGACAGGUCUAGCCCUGGCUGUUCUUGGACUCACUGUGUAGAUCAGGCUGUCCUUGAACUCAGGGAGACCUACCAGCUUUUGCCUCCUAAGUGCUGGGAUUAAAGGCAUAUAUACAACCAUGCCAGGCCCUCAGGGGCGCAUUCCAAAGCCACGCUUCCUAAUCCAGGUUUAAGAUUGGAGAAGGAAUAUGCUUUGGUACAUGACUUCAUAAAUUCAGGAAACUUGGUGCUAAUAGGUUCAUUUUAUUGGGGGUGGGGUGGGGGAAGGACCCCAGCAAGGGUUUCUGUGAUGACUCUUCUUGGAGCUCUUGGAGCAGUGAUAACAGGUUUCCAAGAGCAGUCUGGGGUUAAGAGCACUGGCUGCUCUUUUCAGAGAUCCUGAGUUCAAUUCCCAACAACCACAUGGUGGCUCACAACCAUCUAUAAUGAGAUUUGGUGCCCUCUUCUGACGUGCAGUCAUGCACGCAGACAGAACAUUAUAUAUAAUAAAUACAUAAAUCUUUAAAAAAAAAAAAAGGUCUGGCAAUACUGUAGACAGACCCCACAUCCUCCUUUGUAAUAGGACUGACUGGAAAUCCCAUUGGAGCAGUAAAUAACCUGAGGUAGAUCAGAAGCAUUUAAUACUGGCCUGACUCCUGGUGAAAAGUAAUUUGAUGUCAACCUGUAGUUAUUAAGGAUGCUGUUAGGGAACUUACCUACCCAGCUUGUCCUACCCUCUUACCUCUAACAUCUGGCCUCAGCAGCUGGGCCUCUCUGGAUUCCAUCUGACUACAGUUACUUUGGAGUAUACCAACAGCAAGGCCAGAGAGGCACUGAGUCCCAAGCUUGACAGCAGGGCUCCUUGCUGGGUUCAGAUGGUGCGCCGACCAACAGAUGGCUUUCCAUAUUUUUCCAGUCCUGCUCAUCCUGUAGCUUAAAUGAAAUGCACUAUUAAACAGACUAGUCUUUCAGAAGGGA